AUGACAGAAGCCCUGAACACCGCCAGGGAUGGAGGAGCUUCACUGCUGCGUGAAACACCAGGAGGAUUCAUGGCGGGCUUCCUGCUCUUCACUCUCUCCGUUACACUCCUUGCUGUAUCGACCGCGGAUCCAAGUGCCCACAGCAUCCCCUUCCAAAGGAGCCUGAAUCUUUCCCGGAAAGUCCUGCAGGAUGUUCGCGAUCUGCUGAUCACCUACAAACGAGAGAAAAUUGGAAAUGCUGCCUUUGAGGAUUACAAUGUGGAUCUGAGGAGCUUGCCGCGUUCCAGUAACGUCUACAGCUAUUGGCUGCAGAUGCAGGACGUGGAGCGCCUGCAGCGCAAUGCCAAGGACCUGAACAUCUUCUGGGUCCACGUGGACUUCAAGCGAGUGGAUGAGAUGGGCGAGUGUCAACAGUGUGCGCUCAGCAAGUCCAUAGAGAUGGUGUCCUUGGACCUCAGGGACCUCAUCUCUCAGCUGAACUCUCAGAUCCAGGCUCUCAACAGCAGCCAACCAGAACCCCCGGAGUUCAGCAUCCCAGUCAGCACCCCGAGCGGCAGUAACACGUGGCUCAGUAAACUGCAGGGCUACAUCAUCUUCCGCGACCUGGAGACCUACCUGAACAAGGUUGUCCGCGACUUCACCCUCUUAAACACCAAGUACCAGGCCUGA